UCGCGCACACACCCCUUAACUUGAGGCAAUUUUCUUCUUCUCCAUCCUUCCACCAAUUCAUGCCGUUUAUUCCAUGCCCGCCGCGGCCACUCAAACAGCGUACAAUCCAUGCUUCAAUAACACCGCCUCACCUCUCCAACAACAACCCAUCUCCUCAAAAACUCGGCAACGUAAAAUCAACAUCAGCUGCAAACAAUCAAACUUCUCUGAGUCCUAUGCACUUUCUUGAUAGAGCCGUGGUCAUCUACGGCAACUGCCCUUCCAUUAUCCACAAAGACAUCACUCGCACGUGGUCCGAGACCCGCACCAGAUGCCUCAAACUCGCAUCCUCCAUCGCCGCCCUAGGCAUCACCCGCGGCGACGUCGUAUCAGUGGUGGCCCCCAACAUCCCCGCCACGUGCGAGCUCCACUUCGCCGUUCCCAUGGCCGGCGCCGUCCUCAACACCAUCAACACCCGCCUCGACACCAACAGCAUCUCCAACUUGCUCCGCCACUGCGACUCCAAGCUCGUGUUCGUCGACUCACAGUUCGCAUCUCUUGUCUGGGAAGCUGUGUCGCUGCUUCCGCCGCAUCUUCGCCGCCCUAUAUUAGUUCUCAUCGAAGACCAAGAAUAUAUCUACAGUGACAAUUCGUUUGAUCAUGAUUACGAAACCAUGGUGGAAAACGGUGACGCGGCGUUCGAGUGGGUCCGGCCCCGCAGCGAGUGGGACCCGAUCGCGCUGAACUACACCUCCGGCACGACUGCCGCGCCCAAGGGGGUGGUGCACAGCCAUCGCAGCGCGUUUCUGCAGUCGGUGAACACAAUCUUGCAGUGCUGCAUGCCACAGCGGCCGGUGUUUCUUUGGACGGUGCCGAUGUUCCACUCCAACGGGUGGAGCUUCGCAUGGGGAAUGGCGGCGGUGGGAGGCGUCAACGUGUGCCUCCGCCGCGUGGAUGCGCCGUCUAUUCACCAGGCUCUGGAGGAGUAUGGAGUGACGCACAUGUGCGCCGCGCCGGUGGUGCUCAAUAUGUUGAGCAGUUACGCCGGGAACACGUUGACAGCUCCUGUCCAUGUCUUGACUGGCGGAGCGCCUCCGCCUACGGUGGUGCUAGAGCAGGCUGAGUCGUUGGGGUUUAUUGUGACUCACGGCUACGGGUUGACUGAGACGGGAGGCCUUGCUGUGAUGUGCACGUGGAAACAAGAAUGGGACCACCUGUCAGGGCCGGAGAGAGCAAGACUAAAGGCAAGACAAGGAGUGGGAUCUAUUUGCUCUGCCGAAGUGGACGUGGUGGACCCAUACACCGGCAGGAGCGUGGCCCGCGACAGCAAGACGAUUGGGGAGGUGGUGCUGAGAGGCGGCACAUUGAUGUUGGGAUAUCUGAAUGAUGAAGAGGGAACAUCGCAGUGCAUGAAAGAGAAUGGGUGGUUUUGGACAGGAGACAUGGGCGUGAUGCAUGAAGACGGCUACUUGGAAGUCAAGGAUAGGUCCAAAGAUAUCAUCAUCUGCGGCGGAGAGAAUGUCAGCAGCAUUGAGGUGGAGGCCGCUCUCUACAGUCACCCCGCCGUGCAUGAGGCGGCUGUGGUGGCUCGGCCAUGUAAGUACUGGGGCGAAACGCCGUGUGCGUUCGUGAGCUUGAAGGAGGCUCACGAGAAGCCAACGGAGAAGGAGAUAAGGGAAUGCUGUAAGAAGAGGAUGCCACUUUUCAUGGUGCCUAGGUUGGUGGUGUUCUUGCCCGAGCUGCCCAAGACGUCUACCGGAAAAGUCCAGAAAUUCUUACUCCGAGAUAUGGCUAAACAAAUCUGAUAAUUUUAUUGAUUACCCUUACUAUUUUAGUGUACUAUAGAAAUGAAUGAUGCUUUCUUCUAUGUACUUUUUCCUCAAUUUAUUUUAUUUUUGUUAUUUUGUA